GAGGAAGCCGGAGUACCCGGAGAAAACCCACGCAUGCACAGGGAGAACAUGCAAACUCCAUGCAGAAAGAUCCCAGACCCACCCCGGGAUUUGAACUGAGGAUCUUCUUGCUGCAAGGCGAAAGUGCUAACCACUACGUCACUGUGCAGCCCUCCUUUCCCGUCCUGCCUGUGAAAACUGCAUCAGACAGUAAGUCGACUAAAAGUCGCAGUCUCAGUGUGCUGCAGGGCAGUCCAGCUCCUGAAUCCUCAACACACCCCGCUGCAGCCUGCAGACGAGUCAGAGCCAGCUCGGCUGUUUUCUUGCACUGACCUCAUUCGAAAAAAUACGACGAGUUGCGAACAUAACUGAGCUGUAGGAUGGAUUCUAACGAUAAAGAACCGAUGCCGGCAGCAGGGACCCUCUCUGAGCGUCAGCUGCGGUCCCACCUCAAAAUGGAGCCCAAGACUCUAGGGGCUAUCCAGAUUGUGAUUGGGGCACUGAUUCUUUGUCUAAGUGCCUCUGUGCUCCAGAUCCAUGAGGUUCACUUCACAGGAGAUGUGGGCCUCUUCCUGAUUGUUGUCAUACAGGUGACCUUGUCUGGUUCAGUGUUGGUACACAGUGGGAGGAGACCUACUCUGUUUUGGGUAAAAGCUGUCCUGAUGCUGCAUCUCAUCAGUGCAGCAUUUGCCACAGCUGCCCUGGGUCUGUUGUCCAAACACCUCCCUUAUCGCCAGGACUCUUACCACUGUGAACACUGCCGCAGACUGGAGCUACAUGCUGUGCAACAUUGUUUCAGGAAAUGCACCGGGCUGAUCGAGCAAAAGUGUAAACUGUUGAUUGACGGGAUUCUGGGGACACUGGUGAUCUUUCUGGUGCUGGAGCUGUUGAUCUGCAUGACUGCCAUGCUGUUUGGACUCAGUGUCUUAGCUGCUGGUGGAACCCAGGCACCCAGCCAGAGACCUACUUAUCCACAGACACGCCCGCCACCUGUUCCAGCUGUGCAGGUCGUUCAUCCCGCUCCGGCUGCAGCUGAACCAUCUCAGCAGGUGGCUGUAGUUGUGACAGAACCCAAUUCAGAGCAGGUGGAGGACAUUUCCACCCCACCCACUGAACCCCAGGUGGAGCCAAUUGAAACUGUGGACACACAACCCUGAACUCAAACACACUGCUCCCUGUGGUGUCAUGUCAUGUCAGUGACAGGAUGAGGAGUAAAUAUGGAUGACAAUUGGCAAAAAAUAUUUCAGUCAGCCUUGGAGUGGUCAUUAUAAUAUGGACACAGUUACCUCCGACAAAUCUGUUGAUGGCCAUAGUCCCAGAUAAUACAAAGGAUAUUAUUUGGAAAAGUAAAUGUUAAGGUCACAAGUUUUACAUCCUUUUACUUCUGGCAUGACGUGAACACAGCAUCAGUGUUGGCACUGCUGAACCUUCAGCACUGUGUGUUUUGGUUAUGAUAUAGAUCAGUGUUACUAGUAAUGUUUAUGUAUUCUUCCAAUAUUAAGAUCACUUACAGUGUAGUGAGAAAUAAAAAUUACAGAAAGACAAGGAAAUGGUCAACUUCAGUCUGAAGUUGACACAGCGAAUGGAAAGAACACAGAAUGUAGGAUAUAUUAACUCCACCAAUAGUGUGUGCAUAUUCAAUAUGUAACCUGUUACUAUUUUACUUUUAAAAAUGUCAAAACUCUUACCUAAAACAUGUUUGACUGUUCAAAUAACAUUUUUGUCUGUACUGUUUUCAUUGAAUCAGUGCUAUUUUAAACUUGCCCUAUGGCUACUCUAAAAUCAAUUUUUGAAAGUUUACCAGAUUUUUUUGGUCCAUUCUCUGAGUCGAGGUCUAAAAACACAGUAUCCUUAAUUUGUUAUAAUGCACUUUGUCCUUCCUGUUUAGCCAACUGCUUAUUCUCUGGGUUUCUCUGAUUAGCUUCUGGUCGCCAACCUCCUGCUGCAUUUGCAGUGGUUGCACAGAAAAGUGCUACAGUGAGAACUUAAAGAAAUUGAUCAAGAAAGGAUACUGUAGCUACAUUACUUCUUGAUGUUCUUUGAAUGAGGCUCAAGCACUGAUUUUCAUAAAAUGCAAGCAGUUUGGAAUAACUGAGGGGUGUACUACAUUACGAGUUAUUGGGUUAGUGAGCUAUGAUGGGUCUAAAGACAGAGUUUGUGAUGUCACAAGGGUGCUCUCUUUUUUUACCUGCUAGAUCACUAUGGUAGCUGAUGGUGUACAAUUAACUUGGGUUUUUCAAGCCAGCUAAUACACAAAAAGCGUGGCUAUGUUAAACAUGCUUCAUAGUACAAUCUGACAUUAUUAGUCCUGAAAUUUAGAUUACCACCAGACUGCCUGCCACAGUCUGUUUUGCUGCUCGGAUGUGUAUCAGACACUGCAUUUAUGUUCAGCUUUUUAGAAUUGUUCACGUUGUUUGUGGAAACUAUAGGAUGGCAUGAUUAACUGUAAAUGAAUGUAAGAACAUUUUAAUCACAGUGAAAAUGAAACAAACAUCAUUACUCACCUUCACUACUCUGAUGUUGAUUAGUGCAUUCUCUGUUCAUGUAAUUUCAUGACUGUUUUUCACCUCAAACUUGCUGAAUCCAGAGUAGCAAUCAGGUCUAAGGUACUGUCACUUCUAUAAUUUGUAUAUUGAUUAAAUGUUUAAAAAGUAGGUCACUCAGACAGGUAGUGUUAUACUGCACUACCUUUAUAUUUAUAUAGCUUAUUUUGUUUGUGCAACAUGCAUUUUAAUUACUUGUAAAUCUGUUCUAGCAUGCACACAUAAAGUCACAUUAUAUUCUGCUCAAUAAAAGCAAGUAAAAUUUUUGCUCA